AUGUCAAAAGUAAAAAAAAGGGUUUUAUAUUUGCGAAAAAUAGCAAAAAUUUCAAAACAGCGAAAGUUUUUUGAAAAUAAAGAUAAUAAUGAAGAAUAUAAUUCUUCUGAUAAUGAAGAUUUAGAUAUGGGAUUCGAAUGGAAAGAUGGAUAUUUUGAUAAAAAAGAAAGUUUAUUUCAAACUCUAGUUGAUAAUAUGAAAAUUUUUAUACCAUCUAAGCGACCACUUACAUAUCAUGGAAAUUCUGUCAGAACUAAAAGAAGAAAGAAGAAAUUUAUACAUGAAGCUAUCAAGGCUAAUGAAAAAAUUGAUGAUGAAAAGAAAAAUAAUAAUAAAAGAGAUGAAAUAAAUGAUAGUAAAAGAGAAGAAGGAAAUUAUGAUGAAGGAAAAGAAAGGAAUGAUGAUGAAGAAGCAAGGAAUGAUAAUGAAGGAAAAGAAGAAAAUGAUGAUGAAAGAAUAUCAAAAUCUAAUGCCAACAUUUGA